AUGAACGAUAGACUUUGUAAUAAGAUAGAUAGUUUAAAAGAUGAUGUUAAACGUUUCACCAGUCAAAUGGUACCAACAUUUGAUUUUUCAAAUGAUACUGAAGAUGUGUCGUUUUUAUCACAGUUUCCAUUGUCUUCUAAAGAAAGUGUUGUUGAGUGUGAAAAAGUAUUACAGAUUGAUUGUAAUAUAAAAGAGAAAUUGAAAAAUAUGUUUUGUUCAAUUGGUGGUAACGAUGGUAAGACACAUCUUCGUCGUAUUUUAUCCAAAACAUUUACCAACAAAUUUGUUAUUGACUGUUCCUGGACUGGCAGGGCAUUUGAAAAAGAUACUAAUCAAUUUUGUAAUUUAACUAAUUUUUCUGAAGACAUCCAGCCUAUUGAAGAUUUAAUAUGUGCAACUAGUUCAAUCAAAGACAAGAACAAAGAUCUUGUGCAACAUCUCCGAAAAUGGGCCGUGCAGUUCAACGUAUCUCACGCGUGUGCUAAUGAAAUUUUGAAAAUUCUUAGAAGUACAGCGACUAGAAUGGCGGCGGCGGCGGAGAUUCUAAGCACGACGGGAAUUGGAGUUAUAUAUUAUUAUGCUAGGAACACGGACGUCAGCAUCGUCGUCUGUCCCGCGAAAACUAUUCUCGUCGCGGCAACGGAAGCAGUCGAGCAGACGCGGCCGAGACGGAUUUCCAGGACGAAAAUCACGGAGAGUAUCAGGACCUCGCCACGUUGCGAUCCGCCGAUUCCCUCCAUUUUUCGUCUAUAGUGGUAAUCCCGCCGGUCGAUUCGAACCUCCGGUCGCUGCAGCCUAUUCCGCAAGCACUGAUAUUGCUGUCUUUGCUCGCUCACUGUUUUCGGUUUACCAUUGACGUCGCCUUCGACACAACAGUCUUGUCUUCAGCACUUCCACAUGGUCGUCACGCACUAUAGUCGCUAUAGCCGUCACGUCACGUUGCGGUCGGGCCCGCCUCGCGCUCCGUCACGAUGGUCGUCACUCGCGAGCAAACGCGCCAUCGACUGCACUCGUCCGCCACGGCGGGACGACCAUCCGGCAGAAUGUGAAUAGGUGACCUGCUGUGGUCUGAAUCACGUACCACUCCCCUAAGCUUAUUGUGUCUUGUCUGGUGUUAUUUUUUUUUUAUUUUUCCAUCUCAUUAUUAUAAUUUCUGUUAAUAUUUUGUUCAAUUUAAAAAAGUCAAAAUUAUAAUUUAUAAAUACCUAAAUAAAUAUUUUUUUCUUUUUUGUUUAUAUUAAAUUUUGAUCAACGUAAAAAUUCAAAAUCAUAAAUACCUAAAUACAUUUUUUUACAAUUAUUUUUUGUAUGUUUGCCAUGUUUUGGUCAAUAAUUGAUUUUGUUUCGCAAUUUUCUACAAAUUAUAAUGAAGCUAUAUACA